UAUAAAAUAAUAAUACCAGUACUGGUCUAAGUAAUUGAGUAUACCACUGCUGAUAUUGGGCUGAAUACUUUGAAUAAUAUAAAAGACAGAUUUUCCUACUUGAAUCAAUUUUCUCCCAGCAUUGAACUUCUAAAUAUAUUGAAUAACAUUUUUUAAGUUGAUAAUUACUUCUAAAAUCAACAAAUAUAUUGUACUGAUUUUUUUCAGAACAAAUGUAUGUAUUUAAUGGAUGACAUUUUUGCUUCAGUAGAUAUUAAUGUUUCUCAACAUCUAUAUACCCAUUGUAUUAAUGGGUUACUUAAAGAUAAAACACGUAUUAUUUGUACCCAUAAUAGUCAAUUUUUACUCUCAGCUGAUUGGGUAUUAAUAAUGAAUAAUGGUACUAUUGUAAAUCAAGGUCGGCCUUUCGAAGUACUUAAUGAUUAUGAUGUAAAAGCUGUGGAUGUCAAGUUUGAGGAAGCAAAUAGUAACUCAUACUUAUCUAUGGAUGAUUGGACACCAGUUAAAGAAUCAGAAAUUAAAAAUGAUUUGAAUGACAUAGAAACCCAAGAAGAAGGAGUGGUUGAUUCAUCUGUUUAUAAACAAUAUUGGAAAUCUGUUGGAAAUUUAAUUGUAAUACUGCUAUUUUUUGCCAUGAUUAUUAUGCAGCAGAGAGCACAUGGCUACAACUACGCUCACACCACUACCAUAAUAUCCUCUCCCGGGACCCACUAUGUUGGCCAACCCGGUAAUGUUAUAUCCCCUUCGCUGUAUACUCACAUGGUACAGAUGGGAUCUGAGAGGAGGAAUACGCAACUAUAACCAGUGCUGAUCAGUUUUGGUCAAUGUGCCAUGU